UGCGCAUUUCAUGCUGUCUGCUGUCCCUGUCAACGACCCUUGUAGGAUUGUGCCCCAUGCGUAAAAUGGGGUCCGCGCGGCCAGGGCGUGCGGCAAUAUGAGGUAUAAAGCGAGAAUGAGUGAGAGGCUGGGGGUCUUGCGACUCGCCACAGCUCAUUUCCUGAGCUAUACCCUCCUGUUGUACUCUCCUGUUCGUCUGCGACGACGCAGUGUAAACUUUCUUUAAUAGCCAGGCGCCCCUUGUCAACGACCCACCGCCUGCACGUCGUCCCGACCCUCGCAACAUAAGCCUUUUGGAAGCAUCACCCACACCACAAAUCCCUCCUCCCUACCUACCAUAGCUGCUGAUAUGGCCUCCCGCUACGUUGUCGUCGCCUUUGCAGAGAAGCCUCGCAUCUCUGUCACCAAGUACCUCGAGCGCCGCAUCAUACGUGCGUGGAAAAGCAUAACCCGCAAGCCCCAGCGGGCGUCGAUCCUCAUGGAGGACUUCGUCAUCCUCAACGCGCGUCGCCGCAGCGUCAUGUACCCCCAGGCACGCUGAGGUGCCAGUGCACCCCUUACGCUUAUAACGUCCUUCACGCAUAGCUUAGAACCCUCAUUAUUCUGGCUGCUCGACGUGGCUCUGCUUAUGGUUGGACGUCGGACUAUAACCCGUGGAUCUCGGACGCUGUUUAAUUACUGUAGGCUACUUGGAGCCAUUGCACAAGGACAUGGGCUAUCUCUGUAUUCAUAAUCACUCGCUGCCACUAAUAAUAAUUGUGAAUCGUUGCCGCU